AUGCCCCUACUCCCUGCCACCGCCUACUCCCUGCCACCGCCUACUCCCUGCCACCGCCUACUCCCUGCCACCGCCUACUCUCUCUAUCCAUCCAUCCCCCACCUGCAGUACAGCACGGGCAAGACCACCUUCAUCCGCCAUCUGCUCAGCCGUCCCUACCCUGGGUCGCACAUCGGUCCAGAGCCCACCACCGACCGUUUUGUUGUCGUCAUGAACGGACCGGACGAUAGGAGCAUACCGGGCAACACAGUGGCAGUGAGUGCGGACAUGCCCUUCGCCGGUCUCACCCGCUUCGGCUCCGCCUUCCUCGAGAAGCUCGAAGUCGCUCAGCUACCCCACCCCCUGCUGGACCACAUCUGCCUGGUGGACACGCCGGGCGUGCUGGCGGGGGAGAAGCAGCGCACCCAACGCAGCUACGACUUCACUGGGGUCACUGAGUGGUUCGCCUCCAAGUGCGACCUCAUUCUCCUGCUCUUCGACCCGCACAAGCUGGACGUGAGCGACGAGUUCAAGCGAGUCAUCACGUCGCUGCACGGCAACAAGGAUAAGAUCCGCCUCGUGCUCAACAAGGCCGACCAGGUCAACACGCAGCAGCUCAUGCGAGUGUACGGGGCGCUCAUGUGGUCACUGGGGAAGGUCAUCAACACACCUGAAGUCAUGCGCGUGUACAUUGGAUCUUUCUCGGACACAGCUCCUGGCAAGAAGAAGCUUCCUGCAAAGAAGCUUCCUGGCAAGAAGAAGCUUCCUGCCCAGAAGCCACGCAAGCAGGCGCUUCAGCUGCGGGCAGCAACGCAGCAGACGACCAUCGGAUGCGAGUCAACUGCUGGCGAGGAGACCAGGGAGACGAAGGAGACCAAGGAGACGACGGUUGUCCCAAGCAAGGAGAAGGGAGAGGCGGGAAACAAGGAAGCGGAGACUGAGGCGGAGGCAAGGAACGCGUGUGCAACAGUGGGAGAAGAGGGUGCGAACGGUGCAGGUCUUGAGAACGGAAAUGGGGAGAGCGGAGAGGAGGUUGGAGAGAAGAGCAAAGAGGAGGGAAAAGAGGAGUGCGGCAACGCAGCAGAGGGGCGCAGAGGAGCCGAGGUGGAAAACAGCCGAGACAAGGAGAACGUGGCGCCCAUGAGCCGUGGCGAGGGGAAGGCUGCAAGGAGGGGAAGGGGGAAGGUUGAGCAGCCAAAGGGUCAGAUUGAAUAUGAGGAGGAAACGGAGGAAGUGGAAGAGGAAGAGGAAGAGGAGGAGGACGCGGAGGGGCGGCUGGGGCGGGCGCUGUUUGAGAGAGAGAUGAACGACCUGCUGUCUGACCUGGGGGACCUUCCCCGGAAGAGCUGCGACCGCAAGAUCAACGAGUUUGUGAAGCGCACGCGGGCAGCGAGGGUGAACGCGUUCAUCAUCGCCCACCUGCGCGCGCAGCUGCCCCUCUUUGGCCGCGCCAAGGCGCAGCAGAGGCUCAUUGAGAACCUGCCGCAGGAGUUUGACAAGGUGGCUCGGGAGCAUCGCCUGGCUGAGGGCGACCUUCCACCCGUGGCGCUCUUUCAACGCGCGCUGGCAGGGUGUGAGUUUGAGAGCUUUGAGAGGCUCAACGUGAAGCUUGUGGAAGAGGUGGACAGGAUGCUCGCUUAUGAUAUUCCACACCUCCUGAAUACGUUCAGAAACCCUUAUAUGUAG